AGAGAACUACUACAGCUACAGCUACAGCUAUGGCUCCUACAAUCACUUCCACAGCAGAUAACCCAAAGAAGCAUCUGAGUUUGACCCACAAGCAGAGAAAGCCAGCUGUCGAGAAGAUGCGCAGAGAUCGCAUCAACAGCAGCAUCGAGGAGCUCAAGGCCCUCCUGGGUCCACAGCUCCUCAACUUGCAGCCUGACUCCAAGCUGGAGAAAGCCGACAUCCUGGAGAUGACUGUUUCCCUCCUGAGACAGCGUCUUCAGCCAGUGAAAACUUCACCCUCCUCUGAUGCUGGCAGUCAGGGUUUCUCCAGGUGUGCUCAAGAGGUUGUUCACUUCCUGUCCAAGGACUUGCCGUCUCAUAGAGAGUUGCUGACCCAGUUCCAGACCCUGCAACUACCCAGUGGAAACCAUCCAGCGGAGAGUGCUCAGUGCCAGUUGGGCUCUCAUGUCAAGAAUGUCCAGAAUAAAGACAAGAGUCCAUCCAAGAGCGCCCCCUGGAGGCCCUGGUAGAAUGCUACACAGUCAAGACCUGGACAAUUAUUUGACCCCAUUAGUCAGAAAUGAAAACUCCAGGACAUUUCGUAAUGUUCAAGCCCCCAGCGAUUGAAUCUCCUUCAGACCACAGAAUAUAAAUAUUUCUGUUGCAAGAUUAGAUAUUUUGCAAAGUAUUGCAAUUUUAUGUCU